AUGUCAAGCGAUAGCGAUAAUAUUGUGUUUGAAGAUGAUAUCGAAAUCAUAAAUGAAGAAGAACAAGAAAUAGAAGAAUUUGAAAUAUCAGACACCACCCUUAAAGAUAAUUUAUAUAUAAUCCAUUCAGGAGAACCAUCAAAAGAAAAAUCUACUUUUGCAAAGAAUCUCGAAGAAGUUUCUAUGAAAAGCGGUAUAUAUAAAUCCGGCGAACUUGUUUAUAAUAUUUUAUCUCCUAAUCCAAUUCUUGAACCUCCAACAGAUAAAAGCGAUACAAUACUUAGAUUUGAUUCAAAAUUCGAAAGCGGUAACUUAUCAGAAGCCUAUCAUGUCUCAGAAAAUACAUAUAAUCUAAUUCUCGAAUAUGAUCAUAAUAAGGAAGGCUCCUGUCAAUGGUUUUACUUUAGGAUUACGAAUGCUCGCAAAAAUACAGAAUAUACAUUCUAUAUUACAGGUUUCCACAAAAAGCGAAGUAUUUUUUCAUCAGGCACUAAGAUUUUCUGGUAUUCAGAGCACCGUGCCAAAGAACAGAACAUCUCUUGGACUAGAGGUGGAGAGAACUACUGUUAUGGCAAUCUUCCAGGUCAAAAACGUCGUUUCAAGAAGAGAUACACAGUUUCAUUUACAAUUUCAUUCCCUUAUGAUGAUGACGUUAUCUACUUAGCUUAUGCACUUCCAUAUACAUACAGUGACUUGUGCAGAGAUAUACAGAACUGGAAGGAACGAUGCAGUUUCGUAAAAGAAGACAUUUUGUCCCAAACCUUAGGAGGAAGAGAUUGUCCGAUUUUAACAGUCACAGAGCCAAAUGAGUUUAUCUCUGAUGAUAAUAAGAAUUGUAUAUUUGUAACAGCAAGGAUACAUCCUGGUGAAUCAAAUGGAAGCUUCUUAAUGAGAGGUUUCUUCAAAGCUUUGAUUGAUGACAACAAAAUCGCGAAGUUUUUGAGACAAAAUUACAUUUUUAAGAUUAUCCCAAUGAUGAAUAUCGAUGGAGUCAUAGAAGGGUACUACAGAGUUUCUCUAAGUGGUGAUGACUUGAAUAGGAUAUGGUCUCAACCUGAUGAAACUCUUCAUCCUGUUGUUACUAAAGCAAAAAGUGAAAUCAAAAGCAUUUUGAAACAACGAAAAAUCGUAAUGUUUGUAGAUUUUCAUGGUCAUUCAAGAUUGCAUGGAACAUUCGCUUUCGGAUGUCCAAAUGAUGGCACAGUCAUCCAGGAUACUGAAAAGACUUAUCCAAGACUCUUAAGUUAUCUUUGCGAUGCUUUUUCAUGGCAAAAUUGCGAAUUUUCUUUCCCUAAUGAUAGAAAAAGUGCUGCGAGAAUUGUAAUUCGUACUGAAUUAGAAGUUGUUCAAUCUUUCACGGUAGAAACAUCCUUUGGAGGUAUAAUUGCUGGUCCAAGGGCAGGAAUAUUAUAUGAUCAAGACAUUUGGGAAGAACUUGGUGCAACAUGUUUCCUUGCUUUAGAUCCUUUCUUCAAAUGCGAUCUUGACGAUGAUUUCCUCAUGGCAAAGCAUUAUAUUAACAGUAUAAGAUUGUCUGACCAUUUUACUGAGAAUUUGAAACCUGCUGAUGAAAAAAGUGAAGAUGAAACAAUUAUUUUCUCUGAUAACAAGCCUCCUGAACUUGUUUAUGCUCCUGAAGAACUAUAUUGGAGCAAUACUUAUUCAAACUAUUUCCAAGCAUCAGCUUUUGAUAUUCAAACAGAAAAACCUGAAAAAAUUAAUAUCAAAUUCCAAAACUUCCCAUCAUUUGUCGAUGAAUAA